CUUAAAAGCUUUUAAGUUAGUUAAAAAUCUAUUUUGUAAUUCAAGUAUGUAUAUGAAUGGAUAUUAUAUACUAUUUUGUUUUAAGUUAAAAUAAAUUUUAUAAUUGUCGGUAAUAUUAGUAAGAAAAUGUUUGAAAAUAGUCUAUAUCUUGUUUCUAGGUAUACAAUUUUGUUUUGUAUACUUGGGAUGUAAUUAAAAAUAAUCGUUACCAUAGGAAAUUAAAUGUCUCAGUAAACAAUUAGUUUAAUAUUUAUGCACAUAUUUUGAAACUGUAAAAUUAACUUAAAUCAGUUAUAAAUAAUUACAAUCUUUAAAGACAGCUGAUUGAAAUUGUUAAGCAAAUAGGAAACCGAAGGAGAGUUAUGGAUAACCAGGACAUUGAAAUCAAUGAAGCAUUUGACUUAAUGGACACAAAUGGGCAUAUGACAAUUAGCACAAGAGAUUUUAAAUUUGCAAUAAAAGCAUUGGGAUUAGAACUACCUCGUGAUCAAUAUAUACAAUUACUAUCUAGAAUGGAAAAAGAUCAAAAUGGUUUUAUAAAAAAAGAAAUUUUUAUUGAAGAAAUGCGUAAAGUAUUACCAAAGAGAGAUGUUAAGAUUGAUAUGAUUAAAGCUUUUCGAUUGAUUGAUGAAGAUGACACAGGAAAAAUAGAUUUUAACAACUUAAAGAAUGUUGCUGCAAUACUAGGGGAACAAGUGUCUGAUGAGGAAAUCUUCAAUAUGUUAAAUGUGGCAGAUGAAGAUGGAGAUGGACAAGUGAACCUUACUGAGUUUAUGAGGAUCAUAGAUAGAGCUAGAAAAGUGUUAUAAUAUAAUGUAUUUAUUAUUUGUGUACAUAUUUUAAUAAAAUAAUAAUUAUGGUCAUUUUUUUCUAAAAUAAACAAUGUUACAUGAGUAAAAUAUAAUAAAAAUACUAAAAAUAAAUUUGAUUUUAAAUUUUUAUCUAUAUAAAUAAUAUAAUAAAAAAAUCUAGGUACAAAAAGUGUACCUAAAUGAAUCACUAUUUCUCAGGAGUUAAAUACUAACCAUACAGAGCUUUAAGAACACCAUCUGUGAUUAUGUCUGGUAAACAUAAACGUUUUUCAUGUCGGUUUUUU